GGCUUAAGCACUCCACACUGACCGGGUUCCCACCCAAAUCACUCACUCAUACAACUCAACUGCUCUGAUCUCCACACCCAAGCAGAACUGAUUCGCCAUGGCAGAAGACUCGUACGAAUCCGUCCUCUUCAUAGCCAAAGAGGUCUCCGUCUACCGCAUCCCACCCCGCCAAUCCUCAAAAGGCCACAAAGCCUCCGACUGGGACGCACCCCGCUCCUUCCUCUGGUCCGGUCGUCUCCGCGUCAUCGAGCGUACACCAUCAUCCUCAUCCGGUCCACCUACCUGUGUGGUGUUGUUGGAAGAUCCGAAUACCGGAGAGUUGUUCGCGGCAUGUCCAUACACCGGUCCGCAUAGUGUAGAGCAGGUCUUGGAUUCAAGUAGGUAUUUCGUGGUUACUGUUGAGGAUGCAGGGAGGAGGGCGUGGCUUGGGCUGGGGUUCAGUGAGAGGAGCGAAGCGUUUGAUUUCAACGUUGCGUUACAGGAUUUCGCAAGGCAUUCCAAACCAGUUACUUCAACCCCGUCAGCUUCAGCGGCGAAGAAGGAUGUACCACCACCUCCACCAAAAGACUACUCCCUCAAAGAAGGACAAACCAUCAACAUCUCCAUCGGUGACAAAGGACGGCGAUCACGGCCUUCGAAACCGUCUCCAUCCGGUUCGUCCGGUAGUACUGGAGCUAUUCCGUUCCUCCCACCACCACCUAGUGCGGACCAGGUUCGAGCACAGAAGGCACAGAAUGGGUCUGAUUUGUUACCACUGCCGCCUAUUGCAAGGCAAGUGAGGGAGGAGCCGGAGAUUGAGGUGAAGGAUAGUGCGGUGGAUCUGGGGUUUGAUGACGAUUUUGGGGAGUUUCAAUGAUGAUGGGAUAUGUGAAUGGAAGCAGACCUUGAUAGUUUCUUGGCGU